AUGGGGAGGAUGGGCUCCAGCUCAGAGAGUAACAAACAGAGAGAUGUGGUCCGAACGGGAUCUGACAUCAGUAAGACUUUUAAGAGCACAGCCUGCAUUGGUGUUUGUGUCACCUUUACCUCCACUUACACCCUCGUAAAAGGUUUUGAGUCUUGGUUUUGGGGACGAAAUUACUGCUCAGAGAAGUACACUUCCCUGAUGACAGUGGACAGUUCCUCUCUCAACGACAAGCUGAAGGGCGCCUGGUCGCACAGCGGAAAGGUCUGGAUUGGGCUGCGAGCGGGCCUGGUGUCCUGGACUUGGCCGGACGGAGAAGAGGCCUCAUACUUCAACUGGGGGCCAGUUGUGUCGGACAGCCCAUACGAAGAUCUCUGCGCGGUCAUUUCUGACUCUGGAGCCUGGACCAACCUCAACUGCUCCCUUCUGAGGCCGUCCGUCUGCUCUAACGGAAGCCAUUUCACUCUUGAGAGUGAAAUGAGCUGGACGGAGGCCAGAGCGAACUGCGAAGACAAGAAUCUGACGCUGGUCCACAUCCCAGAUAACUUCACUAACGACGACGUCAGAAGCCUGCUCCCGUCGAGAGCCGAGGCCUGGAUCGGCCUCAGCAGAUCCCUGAUCUGGUUCUGGUCGGACACCGGGGGACGGGCCACGUUCCUGAACUGGGAACCGGGGCAACCGGACAACCUGAGCGGGAACGAGCUCUGCGCCGCCCUGCUGCUGGGCAACGGGACCUGGAGCGACGAGCCCUGUGAAGAGCCCUACUACUUCAUCUGCCAAGGACGUAUGCAAAAAAAACCUCUGUCCCGCCGGUCCUAA